AUGAGGAAUCAGUUGCUUAAGCAGGAAAUUUUGGAGUUCCAAAAAAGAGAAGCUGCUGCUGGAGGCUUGAGCCAAGGAGAUCUAUUACUACUGAGAAGCAAAGUUGCGAAAUUUAAUGCAAACCUGGCUAGAAUUACAACAUGGUGGAGACAAAGAUCUAAAUGCCAGUGGAUGGAUGAAGGCGAGAAAAACAUAAGGUAUUAUCACACUUAUGCUUCAGCCAAGAAGAAGAGCAAUCAACGUCUACAAAUUGCUCGGGAGGAUGGAUCAUUGGUUUCAAAUCAUGAAGUCAUCCAUAAUAUUAUGGAGAAUUUCUUCAAAAAGAAAUGGUGCAAGCGCAGAUGUGAUUUGAAGAAUUGGCCGAAUUUCAAAAAUUCUGAUUGCAUACAUGGUUAUACGAGGAAAAUUCUUGAAGCUGAAUUCACUAUUGAGGAGUUUAAGUUAACACUCAAGAAUACGGGUAAUAACAAAUCUCCUGGAGCUGACGGUGCAAAUGCCUAUUUUUUCAAAAAUUAUUGGAGCAUUGUGGAACAAGCUACAUGGAAUGCUGUUAACAACUUUUUCAAAACAGGGGAAAUGCUGGAGCAAUGGAAGGAAACGAUGGGAGCGUUUGUACCGAGCAGGAGUAUUUCAGAUAACUGCCUUAUUGCACAGGAACUUAUUUGUAAGAUGAGAUCAUCUAUUGCUAAUCCAGGUUUUCCUGAUAGAUUAAUCCUUCUAAUUCUACAAUGUGUUUCACACCCGAAAUUCUCUGUUGUAAUUAAUGGUAAAAGAACUGAUUGGAUUAAUGCUCAAUGUGGAUUCAAGCAGGGGUGUCCGCUGUCGCCUAGCCUGUUCAUUUUUUGCUCGGAUCUUCUAUCUAACACUCUUAAUGAACAUAAGGUGCAGUUGGGAAUGAGACUAGCAUCGAAUACAGAGAAGAUCACACAUUUGCUGUUUGCAGACGAUGUCUUAGUGACUGCUGAAGCUUACAGCAGGAAUGCUAAGAUGUUGAAGAAAUUCUUCAAUUAUUAUUGCAGCUGGACGGGCCAGGCGAUCAACUCACAGAAAUCCAUGGUUCUUUAUGGCAAAGCUGUAUCUGAAAAGAGAAGAAGUAAGUUAAACAAAAUAAUGGGAUAUAAGGAAGUCAAAGAAUUACUCUACUUGGGUAUUAAUCUGACUCUCAGAAGAAUGAAAACUGAAGACUACAAUAGCACCAUUGAGAAAGCAAUGUGUAGACUUAAUUCUUGGGGAGCUAGAUGGCUUUCUCUGGCUGGAAGAAUCCUUCUCAUUAAAACUGCCUAUUCAAGCAUGAUUAAUUAUCAGGUAGCACACUCCCUCAUUCCUAAAAGAGUUUUAUUAAAAGUUGACAAACUCUGUAGGAAUUUCUUGUGGCACAAAGAGAAUGGGAAACAAGGUUUGCAUUAUAUUGCUUGGGAUACUCUAUGCUUACCUACAAGCUUAGGGGGAUUUGGCAUACAUGGAGCUGUGGCGAGUAAAGGUCCUUUAAGAUCGAGAUUGGCGUGGAUGUUUUUACAGAACAAGAAUUCACUUCUCCUAAAAUCCUCUUCAAAACGUUUGGAGCCAAAAUGUGGGAGUAAAGCGCAAAGAGAGGAGCAUCUACUGCUUGGAGAAUUAUUAAAGAGGGCAUUGAAUAGAAGCCUCAACGGAUGGCCGGCAACGUGUAAUACGGUGGUCAUUGACGAUAAGAAUGUUUCUUUUCUUAUGGAUGAAGAUGGUAAAUGUAAUUCAGAAAAAAUAACUGAAUUCUUUUCUGAAGAUAUGAUAAAGCUCAUACAACAAUUGGAGAAGGGGGAUAAUAAUAUAGAGGAUAGAAUGGAGCUUGUUCAUACCAAUACAGGUAAAACUAUAUCAGCAUUAUGUGCUGAAGCUGUCAAUUUUCAAAGUGAUAGUAAGUAUAGAAAAUAUAAUUGGCUGAAGAAUUUAAAAUUGGAUCAAAAAGUUUAUCUAUUCUGGUGGAGAGCAUUAAAUGGUGCUCUACCAACGAAGGAGUGGUUAAGGUACAGAAGAUUGGCUAAUUCUAAUGAUUGUCUGAGAGGUUGUCAUGAGAAUGAAGACACAGAACAUGUUAUCAUAAAAUGUAGCAUGCUGAAGGUAUUAUUACAGAGAUUAAGAAGCUGCGGAUUCAAUGUUCCUGCAUUUCAAAAUAUGGAUGAUUAUACUAUGGCACUAAAAGAGGGAGCUGAUAAGGGUCUUGUGAAGAUCUAUGCUUUGGCAGUUUACCAUAGUUGGAGAUCAAGGAAGAUGGUCAAGCACGGUAAAUCUGAAAUUCCUAUACCUUAUGCUAUUGCAGAAAUUAUUUCCCAUACUUCUCACAUUCAGCCAAAUCCAAUUGAAAAGACAUGGAACACCAACCAGGUGAUGCUGUCCAAAUCUUGGUGUCCCCCUCCCAACGGUUGGAUUAAACUGAAUGUUGAUGCUGCUCUAUCUGUUAACAACAUGGCGAGUAUAGUUGGUGUUCUAAGAGAUUGCAAAGCGAACCUAUCCAAGGUUUCUCCGCACAAGAUGACCAGAGUUCCUCGCCAAGGCUCAAAAAGAGUUUCACAGUCGCCGCCGGGCUCAAGAGGAGUUUUGCUUUUCGCUGUCGCCGCCGGGCUCAAGAGGAGUUUUGCCGUCGCCGCCGGGCUCAAGAAGAGUUUUUCCAUCGCCGCCUGCCUCAACCAUCUUGUCCGUCCCGGAAGAAAGCUGGGAGUGAUUUUUGUCCAAGUGGUGAUUAUUUCCUCGACAAGAUUGUCACCUCGUCGAAAUCAUCAAAGUCCACUGCAAGAAGCAGAAAUUGAAAACCUCCUACAAGAAAUCGCCCGACUCAAACUACAAUUGUCAAGGAUUGAACGAAGAUCCUUACAAACCGACGAUGACGACGAGGGCAUUUUAGAUGAUCAAAUCUCAUCCACCCCACCCUCGAUCGAGUUCAGCUUCGAAGAAAUUGAAGAUCCAUUGUCUAAUUCAUCGUCUUUUCCUCUCUAUGAUGAGCCGGUGUACGACGUGUAUGAUGACGACAUGUUCGGUGGAGUUCUUGAUAUUGAUCAACUCGCAUAUGAUGAUGAUGAGGGCAAAAUGGAUAACCUGCCAGAGCCAAAUAUCCAACCGGAACUAUUCAUUCACAAUGUUCCAAACAAGACAACAGUUACGCUCACCAUCAUUGAUAAAAAAUUACAUAUAAAGAUCUCCUCAGUGGUUUGGAUCGUGAAGCUCUUAUCUUCUCCUCUAGAUGGCUGA